UUUAAGGAGCCGGGCCAUUCCCGCUUUAAGGAGCCGGGCCAUUCCCGCUUUAAGGAGGGAGCCGGGUCGUUACCGCUUUAAGGCGCUCCUGGAGGUGGCUGGGAAACAAGAUGGCGGCGCCGCGGGAGGAGGAAGAGAGUCUGGAGGCGCGGCUGAAUAAAGCUACAAAUCCCUUAAACCGAGAACUGGACUGGGACUCGAUUACAGCAUUCUGUGACCAGCUGAACAAGGAAUUGGAAGGACCCCAGCUUGCUACAAGAUUUCUGGCACAUAAGAUCCAGUCCCCACAAGAAUGGGAAGCUGUUCAAGCCUUGACGGUCUUGGAGACGUGUAUGAAAAACUGUGGCAAAAGAUUUCACAAUGAUGUAGGAAAGUUCAGAUUUUUGAAUGAACUAAUCAAAGUGGUGUCGCCCAAAUAUCUUGGAACACGAUCUCCCGAGAAGGUGAAAAAUAAAGUCCUAGAAUUGAUGUUCAGUUGGACAGUGGGUUUACCAGAUGAACUGAAGAUCACAGAAGCUUAUCACAUGCUGAAAAAGCAAGGAAUUCUAAAGCAGGAUCCCGUGUUGCCUAAAGAAGAGCUUCUCCCUUUACCCCCUCCGCGUCCAAAGAAUGCUAUGUUUGAAGAUGAGGAAAAAUCGAAGCUACUGGCAAGACUGCUGAAGAGCAACCACCCUGAAGAUCUACGAGCUGCAAAUAAACUAAUCAAGGAGAUGGUCCAGGAGGACCAGAAGAGAAUGGAGAAGAUUUCUAAAAGAGUGAAUGCAAUUGAGGAGGUGAACAAUAACGUUAAACUUCUGAGUGAGAUGCUGGAGAACUACAGCAAAGAUGAAACCUCGGAGAGCAAUGAAGAAAUAAUGAAGGAAUUGUACCAGCGAUGUGAGAAGAUGAGACCCACACUAUUCAGAUUGGCGAGUGAUACAGAGGAUAAUGAUGAGGCUCUCGCUGAAAUCCUCCAAGCGAAUGACAACUUAACGCAGGUCAUUAACACGUACAAGAAGAUAGUGAAAGGCGAAGAAAUCAAUGGGGUGACUGACACGCCGAGCAUUAAAGCCAGCCGCUCUGCACUACUAGAUCUGUGUGGGUUGGAGACUGGAUCAAAUGCUCCAUCCUACCCUGCUGCCCCCGCUAAUCAACAUUGGAAUGCAGAGCUCGCACCAGAUCUCACCGGCUCCAUAUCAUUACUAGAUGAUGAAUUGAUGUCAUUAGGGCUGAAUGACCUCGUCCCCAAUACAAUGCCCACAUCGCAGGCUGUCGACUCAAGCAAUUGGAAUACAUUUCAGUCUGCCGAGCCUGAUGAGCUGAGUGGCCCUGCAGCCUCUGUGGAAGCCAGUAUGAUGUCUACGGAAUUGCUAAAGCCAGCUACUUCGACUGCCUGCCACCAAAAUCCGGCUGCCAGCGCUGGAAGUAAAGCCUUGGACGACUUGGAUAUGUUGGGGAAAACUCUCCUUCAGCAGUCGUUGCCUCCAGAAUCUCAACAGGUUAAAUGGUCGGCUCCUCAGCAAAGGCAAACACUUCGAGAUCUCCAGAACAAAGCAGGCACUAACUCCGCAUCUGCCAUGGACACCAUGCCACUCUUGCCUGCUUUGACCAAGAGUGUCUCACCCAUCUUGACAAGACCGAUCCAUCCGACAGGCCUUACACCUCACCCUGAUCAGCCACUGGUGUUUGGGCAUGGUUCGUUACUUGCCUCAGCCUCUGCCGGUGCCUCGAGCAUAGGACAACGCGGAGCUCACUCCAGCGCUCACUCUGGCCUCAAAUCAUCACUGCUGUCUCACCAGGAAAUAUCGCUAACUAAUGUUUUAGUACCUCUAGAAUCUAUAAAACCAAGUAGCAUCUUACCAGUCACAGUGUACGAUAAGAAUAGUUUUCGUAUUCUCUUCCACUUUGCAAAGGACCCCCCUCAUGGCCAGCCUGAUGUGUUGGUGGUGGUUACGUCUAUGAUAAGCACAGCACCACAAACGGUGAAAAAUAUAAGAUUCCAAGCUGCUGUCCCAAAGGCCAUGAAGGUGAAACUACAGCCUCCCUCUGGCACCGAGCUGCCAGCAUUCAACCCUCUCGUUCCACCUUCCGCAAUUACACAGGUCUUGCUUCUAGCAAACCCACAGAAGGAGAAAGUGCGAUUACGAUACAAGCUCACGUUUGCGCUGGGCGACCAAACCUUCAAUGAAAUGGGAGACUUGGACGAGUUCCCACCUCCAGAGUCCUGGGGGAGUCUCUAACACGGACACAAACAGACACUACAUGGGCACCUCUCUACUCUAUUGCUAGGAGACCGCCUGCAUUUUACUUAUUAGGGUGAACUUAAAGGGGUGACCAUGGUUUUAAAAUGGUGUCCUGACGCAGUCCAGUUUCUAAUUUCUAGGGCUGAUCUUACCACACAAUAAACUGCUCUGGAGCGACAACUCUGUUCUGAUACUGAGCAAGACCUUGUUACUCCUGCUGUUAACUAGUUAUGUCACAAAUAGUUUUUCCCCCACCUCUGUGUGCAAUAGUUUUACAGCUCCUGUCGUAAGGACUCCAUAACUUUAUUCAGUAUGUGAUAAAAUCGUUCAAAGUUUUAUUCCUGA